AUGAAAGCAAAGCCAAUUGCUGAAAUCACAGCGGAGGGAAAAUUUAAAUUAAAUGUUGGCAAUUUGACUGCUGUACUUCACAACCUAAAAUGUCAGGAUUUGGCAAUCGUUUCCAUGGCUGGAGCUUAUCGAACAGGAAAAUCAUUUAUGCUGAACUUUUUCAUACGGUAUCUUCGCAAUGAAGGGUGGAAAAAUAAAUACUGGUUUGGACCUGGAGAUAUGAAAAUACAAGAUGGUUUUAACUGGAGCCGUGGAUCAAAGCCUCAUACUUUGGGAAUUUAUGUUUGCUCUGAGAUAUUUCAUGUUGAAAAAGACGGAAAACAGCUCUCAUUAAAAUAUGCACUUGCUGCUUCUCGUCAUUUCUCAAUAAAAGAAAAGUCAUUUCAGAAACUUACUUUUUUGGUUCGAGAUUGGUAUUCCUUUGAAUAUCGCUAUGGUCAUGGUGGAGAUGAAUACAUUGAUGGAAUAUUGAAAAAUAUGAAUCCAAGGCAACCAGAAAGUGUUACGCAAGCGAAAGGAUCUAUCCAUAGUGGAUUUGAGCAUGUAAAUGGAUUCUUGAUGUCCAGACCAAACAAAGAAAUCGAUGGAGGCGAAGGAUUUUUAAGGCUUCAGAAUUCAGGUAAAUAUUCGUUAUGUGUGGAAUUGAGAAUAAAAAGUUUGCAAAUCAGUUCUGAAAUCAAAAGAAAUAAAUUCAGUCGAAAGAUAAAAUCGUAUGAGUGUAGAUAUGAGGAAAAUUUUGAAAAUAUCUUCAGCAACACCAUGCAAGAAAUUCUGGAAGAAUUUGAUGAGGAAACAGAAGAUCAAGGAGACUCUUUAGAUGAAAAAAUAUUAUUGGAGGCAAGAAUUGAUUUGGGAAAAACAAUGGAAGAAGUACUGAUUGAGGGAAUGCAAACAAACAACGUAAACAAGGGACUGAUUGAAACCAGAGUGGCUGAUGCAGUCAAAGCAUGUGUUUUGAAAUAUCAAGAGGCUUUAGAAGAGCUGAUGAUAAAAUCUUACGUGGAAGCCGGUGGAUUCGAAGUGAUUGAGAGACAUUACAUUGAAAAAGUUGACGCCCGGUAUACAAAUGAAGCAUUUAAGGAAUUAAUUAAAGAAGAAAUAAGAAAAGAAACCGAAGAGGCAAAAAAGAAGAAUGAGGAGAAUAAAGAAUACAAAACUGUUACAGCAGAUGAAAAUACAGUUGCAGAUUAUUUAGCGAUAGGAUUGAUAACAAUCACUUUUCCCAUCUGGGUUCCUCUAGGUUUGGUUGGAUUAUUGCUGGGUGGACUAGUGGCUGGAGUUGUAACGGGGGUUGUUAAGCUUAAAGAUUUAAUCAAGAAAAAGAUGAACUCCAAAAAGUAGUUCAAGGAAAGAGAAAUUAUCAUGAUUUGUAUCAUAUUUUAGAUUUGUCAUUAAUUGCUCAAUACUGGAGGGCUUUGCUGUUGUAAUUUUCAAUUAUUGAACUUUUAUAAUGCUUAGCUGAGCAAUUGUUUUUAAGUGAGGGGUGUAGAAAAAAUACUGCAGCCUCUGAGACAAUUUUAUGCAGCUUGCGAUGUUUUGUCGAAAAUAAAUAAAAAUAGAAAGGUUAUCCAUGAAUAACAUUCUGCUUAUCUGGCCUUAUGACAUUUACACUUAUCUUAUGCACUAUUCAUUGUUUAUAGUAGCACCUCAAGGUAUCAAAAGACAUCGUUAGUUUAAAAAAAAAGUUUUUUCAGUAUAGGCAGGUUUGGAAUCUGAUCUGCAUACACAUUUAGAAAUCCUUUCAUUUAAACGUGUUGAUCAAUCUUUUAAAUAAAUUUUAUCAAUUU